AUGAGCUCCCAGAACGACUCUGUCCACUUCAUUGAUUACCCAGAACCCCGCGAGGGUCCUUCUGUGUCGUAUGAAAAUGAGACGCAGUCGAUCCCCGUCUUUCGCGGCAUCCCCCUUGCCAUUGGAGCUUGGAUAAUCCAUUCAGUCGGCUUUGUUCAGAGCCAUUUCUGGCGCAAUGCUGGCUUCGGAGUCAUCCACGAGAUCCCACAACUCGGUCAAUACACGCCACGCUUCGAUCCAACCGUGAUCCCUACUACCGACGGCGGCCCCUCUGACGCGCCGACCCAUCAUCAGCCUUUGCCUGCCCCGACAGACAAACGAAAGGGGGAGUUGGGCUACUACACCUCUGCAGAUUAUCAUGCCCGGUACCUGUCCGGGGAGCUGACUCCUACGGCCGUCGUAGAGACCCUGCUGCCGCUGAUACGUCGCGAUAUCCAGCCACCUGGUAAGCACUCCGUUGCCUUCCUCGAGUCGCAGGAGGAUAUCAUUCGAGCAGCUGCGGAGGCGUCAACGCAGAGGUACAAGAAGGGGGCUCCGCUGGGACCCCUCGAUGGUGUGCCUAUUGCUGUGAAGGAUGAGGUUCAUGUCAAGGGAUACAAGCGCACGUUGGGCUCUAAACUGGACUUCAAGGGCGGUCAUGAUGAGACUUCCUGGUGUGUGAAGAAGUGGGAGGAGGCCGGGGCCAUUAUUAUUGGGAAGACGACUAUGCAUGAGCUGGGACUAGACACUAAUAACAAUAAUCCUAACUAUGGCACCCCAAGGAAUCCUCACAAUCCCAAUUACUACUGCGGCGGUUCGUCUGGUGGUUCGGGAUAUGCUGUUGCCGCUGGUCUAGUCCCCAUUGCACUUGGUGCGGAUGGUGGAGGCUCGAUUCGAAUCCCGUCGUCCUUCUGCGGAAUAUGGGGUCUGAAGCCUUCGCACAACCGUAUUUCAGGAGACCCCUCGCCCUCAAUAGCUCCAUCAGUCGGAGUAUUAGGUCCCAUGGCGGCGAGCAUCGACGACCUCGCCUUUGCAUACCGCAUCAUGGCCGCCCCGCCGCCAGCGACGGCACAUUCGGUCUCCUCACUCUUCCCAGAUCCCACAGCAACCCUAUCCUCAUCGUCAGAACAACCAAGACCCAAAAACAAGACCAUCGGCGUCUUCCGCGACUGGAUCGAUCGCGCCGAACCCGCCGUACGCGCCGUGUUCGACCGAGCCCUCGACUACUACCGCACGCAGAAAUCCUACGAGGUCGUGGAUAUCACAAUCCCCUACCUCCCGGAGGGCCAACGCGCACACGUCCUAACCAUCAUGUCUGAGAUCGCCUCUUGCAUCCGCCCCGAUCAGAUCCGCAACCUCAUCGCGCCCAACAAAGUCCUCGUCUCAAUGGGCGUCUACCAGAUCAAAGCUCGCGACCUGAUCGCCGCUCAACGUCUCCGCAAUCUCCUCAUGAUGCACCUCGCUCACCUUUUCCAGAAAUACCCAGGCCUCCUCAUCUUCACCCCGACUACCCCCAUCCCGGGCUGGAAGAUCAGCAGCGAAACGGACCUUUCCUACGGUCUGUCCGAUGGGAAGCUCUCCGUCCGCAAUAUGGAGUAUGUCUUCCUUGCCAACUUUACCGGAUGUCCUGCUAUCUCGUGUCCGGCUGGGUAUGACAGUGCCAGUCAUGCUCCGAUCGGUGUUAUGGCUAUGGGAGAGUGGGGGGCAGAAGAGGACUUGAUCGCCUUCGCGAGGGAUGGAGAGGGGUUGUUGGAUUCGGAUUCAGGUUCUGCCGGUGCGUCGUCCUCUGAAGGUACUAGCUGCAGCUCUACAGGUCUGCAGGUCCCGUCUGCCAAGGGGUCUAUGUGGGUUGAUGUUAUUGCGGAAGCUGCCGGUAAGAAGGAAUAG